CUGCUGCUGCUUCUCACCUUGCCGCGCGCCCAGGGGACAGGCGGGGCUGGCGCUAAUGCGGAGAAGCCAUGGCCGUGCGGGCUCCACGCGGCUUUCUCCCGGCUGCUGUGCCCGCGUGUGAUCCGCCCGGGGGUGCGGGCCUGCUCGCCCUGCCGCGGGCAUGUGGUGUCCUCCCGCUGCGGGGGCUGCUUUAAUUCACUCUCGCAGCGCGGGGAUCCAUUUUACUACGCGGCAUGGUGCAUGAUGCAAUAUUUAUACUAUGGCGAGAGGAAGUAGCGCCAGCUUCAUUGAGUCGGUCAGUGCGCGCGCGGGGGGGGGGUCCCCUCUUGUAGACGGACUUAACCCCCCUCCCUCUCCCCAAAACGCUGUUACAACGAGCUUCCGGGGAGCAAGAUCCCUGCUCACGCCCCACAUGCAGAGACAGCCGGACAGAUCUACGGCUGCGUCCUGGGAACCUUGCCUUACAUGGUGCUUCUGGUUGUAAUGAGUCGCCGUUUAUCGCCCUCUCCUCCUUGCCGAGGUCUCCACAAAAGGAUGGGUUGCCAAGGACUUCUCAGUUUUGGAAAGAAGCUGCUUCGCCGGAAAGUUGUGGACUGGACCAGAGAAGAGAGCCAGCUGUCACGAUGCCUCAACACUUUUGACUUGGUAGCUCUUGGUGUAGGUAGCACACUUGGUGCGGGUGUCUAUAUACUGGCUGGAGCAGUGGCACGAGAAAACGCGGGACCUGCGAUUGUUAUCUCUUUCUUGAUUGCCGCAUUGGCUUCUGUGUUGGCUGGACUUUGUUAUGGAGAAUUUGGUGCUAGAGUUCCAAAGACUGGGUCUGCUUAUCUCUAUAGCUAUGUGACUGUGGGUGAGCUGUGGGCAUUCAUCACUGGAUGGAAUUUAAUUCUUUCUUAUGUGAUUGGAACAUCAAGCGUGGCCAGAGCAUGGAGCGCGACGUUUGAUGAACUCACAGGCAAGCACAUCGAGCGCUUCUGCCAAAAGCACAUGACCAUGAACGCUCCGGGGGUGCUAGCAGAAUAUCCAGACAUCUUCUCCGUGUUCAUCAUCUUCAUCUUAACAGGGCUUUUAACUUGUGGAGUGAAAGAAUCUGCAAUGGUUAACAAAAUAUUCACCUGCAUCAACGUUCUCGUCCUCGGCUUCGUUAUGGUGUCAGGCUUUGUGAAGGGAUCAGUCAAAAACUGGCACCUCACCAUCGAUGACAUCUAUAACACGACCAAUGAUUCACCUAGAAACAAUCAAACCCAGGUAGGAGAUCUGGAGCGUGGUGUUGGGGGCUUUAUGCCCUUUGGAGUCAAUGGAGUCCUCUCGGGGGCAGCCACAUGCUUUUACGCCUUCGUAGGAUUUGACUGUAUCGCCACCACAGGUGAAGAAGUGAAAAACCCUCAGAAAGCGAUUCCCAUUGGCAUCGUCGCCUCACUCCUGAUCUGCUUCGUUGCUUACUUUGGCGUGUCAGCUGCUCUCACGCUCAUGAUGCCCUACUACUUGCUUGAUCCAAACAGUCCUUUGCCCAAUGCAUUCCAAUACGUGGGCUGGGAGGGUGCCAACUAUGCAGUGGCCGUUGGCUCACUUUGUGCCCUUUCUACUAGCCUUCUUGGCUCCAUGUUUCCGAUGCCUCGAGUAAUUUAUGCUAUGGCAGAAGACGGACUGCUGUUUAGAUGUUUGGCUACGGUCAGCAAGAGGACCAAAACCCCAGCAAUAGCUACGGUAACUUCAGGGGCUGUGGCAGCUGCCAUGGCCUUUCUUUUCGACCUGAAAGAUCUUGUGGAUCUUAUGUCCAUCGGGACCCUGCUGGCUUAUUCCAUGGUGGCAGCCUGUGUAUUGGUACUGAGGUACCAGCCAGAGCAGCCUAACCUGGCCUACCAGAUGGCUAGUACAACGGAGGAGCCAGACACCAACGAGUCUGCAAGCACCAGUGAAUCGCAGGCUGCGUUUCUGCCUGAAGAGGAGGAGAAGUAUUCCAUAAAAGGCAUUCUGUUUCCCCCAAACUCAGAUCCCUCCAGACUCUCUGGUUUGGUGGUGAACAUCUCAUCUUGUAUCAUAGGUUUACUUAUCGUCAGCUGCUGUAGCUUUACUGUCCUUGGCAAAGACCUGCUGAUAAAAGGGACUCCGGGGGCUAUCGUCGUGAUUGCCAUACUCGUUCUCCUUUGCCUCAUUGUCGGUUUAAUUAUUUGGAGACAACCUGAAAGCAAAACCAAGCUCUCGUUUAAGGUACCUCUUUUGCCUCUACUUCCUAUUCUGAGUAUUUUUGUGAAUGUUUAUCUCAUGAUGCAGCUGGAUAAAGGGACCUGGAUACGGUUUGCUGUCUGGAUGUUUGUGGGCUUUAUCAUUUACUUUGCAUAUGGAAUGGGGCACAGCGUGGAAGCUCCAUAUUCAGCACCGUCAGAUCCAGAAAGAAACACGGACACCAACUCGGACAGCGGUAAAUGACAGCGUGUUCGGCUGACGAGCAACCCAACCGUCGCUUCAGAUGAGGAAGCUUCAUCUCGGGGACCCUGAACUACUUCCUCAGUCAAUGCGUGCAGCAGAGCAUGGGAUUCCCAGCCCUGCUUGCUGCAACUUGAAGCUCGCUUUACUUUGAUGAUGCAGUUAAAAGGGAUCCCAAGGAAAAUGCCGCACCUCUGGCAUACGCCCAACAACACUGUUCCCUGAGGCUGCCGGCGCUCGCUCUCUCUUCUAUUUUAAAUGUAUAGAAAGAAAACCGCUCCUCUGUGUGCCAGUUAACCUUCAAUGCUGCUAUGAGACUAGGCCUCCUGAAAGUCCUUCUUUCAGUAGCCCUGUGAAUUAACUCCCUAGGUACUUGUUUGUAAAUGGAGCAGACUCUGCAAUGCUAAUGUUGUUCCUAGAUCAGAUCCUUGGAUCAAGUGAUGUGGGCUGUAUCACAAAAAAAAAAAAAAAAAAAAAAGCCUCUCACCAAAAAUAAUCUCCCAUCUGGUUACGAAGUGCCUACAGUGAGUUACAUUUUAAAGAAAAGCAUCCAGUGGCUUUAUUUUAAUUGUAUUUAACUUCUGAAUAGGUACUUGUAUACUUUAAAAUGCAGCUUUGCCAUGAUGUUUAGGGGAGCUGCUCUUAGGCUGAAUUCCCUUUUCCUUCAUGCAGCUAGCACAGACAAAUGCUUCUGUGAAUAACAGACCCCAUCGCUCACUAGAGGGGCCUCCAGCUGUAGCUGUAAAUCUGCUCGGUGUAAGUAGUUCAGUGGUGCUAGGCGCAGGUGUCUCCAAAGAGCCCUCCGUUAAAGUCAAUGGAGAUAGUCCUGAUUUAUGCCAGUCAGAGUUAGAAGAGAAGCUGACCCUGGGAGUUUGCUUUUGACUUCAAUGGGCACAACAGGUUGAAGCCCGUAGAAAAUGACGCACAAAAGAGUCUCACGGUACUCAAAAUUCUGUGGGGGAAAGUAUCUGAGACUCUCCUGGCUCCUGCCAGCUCUCCCAAGCAACCCCCAUGUGCAAUGUAAAAUAUCCCCUUAGCCAUUCACACAAUGGAGCAUGCCACCUCCUGCCCAGGCUGAGGGAAGCUGAAAGGCCUGAUCAACGCUGCUAAGUGUAAGCAGUUAAACCCACUGUGUGGACACGCUUAUUCUGGUAUACAAGUGACUCUUUUUGGUUGUGCUUACAUCCCUUCCCAAGCAACGUACACUAAAAUGAAAAAAAGGGACUCCUAUGCCAGAGUAAGUGUGUCCCCACAGGAGUUAUACUUGUGUAAUUAUAUCGGGUUACAUUCACUCCUUCGCUUUUGCUGAAAAAACUUUCCAGGAGUAGACAAUUCCUUAUGGUGAAAGUCUUCUCUCCCACCCUGAGCAGAGCUCUGUCUAGGUAUCUCAGGUAUCUAUAAGGGCCCCAUUACUAUAAUGUCUGAGCACUCCGCAAACUUUAAUGUGUUGGUCCUUAUAAUGCCCCUAUGUUAUCCCCAGAGUGGAUACUAAACCUAUACCUGUCUAUACCUCAAGUUGGGGCUGUGAUUCCCAGCAGCUGCAGGAGACACACAGGUGCUAGCCUGAAUGUAGCUACAGCGGUGUGAGGGGUUAGUCACCCAAAGGAUGUGCCUAGGGUUUUGCAUGGGAUUGUAUUCAGGCAGCUAGCACCUCCUGCCACUUCAGCUAUACUGAGAGCUAGCCACAGGUAUGGCUCCUCAAGCUGGGAAGCAAACCCCCAGCUUACAGUGUAGCUGUCCCAAAGACCAUACAGGCAGUUUGGCAUGCAGCAUGGAAUAGAACCCAGGUCUCCCGCUAGUGACCUAACCACUUGACCAUCCUUCCACCUGUUACACCAAGUAGGGCUUAAAUGGUGUAGAGCAGGGGUCUCCAAACUUUAUGAGCCGAGGGCCAUAUUAGCUUUUUAAAGGGGCUUCGCGGGCCGUAGCGACUGUGAAAGAAAUUAAAUAUAUGCAAAACCGUUAAAAAAAUUGUCAGUAUUGCUUUAAAUUGUAAAUCAGGCUCCCCUUUUUGGGUCUGCUCUGCCCCGGGCCUGCUCCCUUCUCCCUGUGCCUGCUAGGCGUGCCUGCUCUGCUGGAGAAAAUGACACAGGACUGAAAGUUUGGCUGCACUUUGGUAAGAGAAGCUCCAGGUUCCCAUUGUUGGUUGGGACUGUUUGGUCCUAUUAGUGCUGUAGUUAAAAUUUAACCAUUAUGAAAUUUGUUAAUUUCUAUCUUCUUUACUCCAUUUAUUGGAGAUGCUUCUGGCUUGUAUUUUUACUCUAAGGCAGGGGUCCGUGCCUGCUCAGCUGCAGCAGCAACUCUCCCCUAAGUUGGCUCCCCUUUCGCGGGGACACUGGCUGCUGGGGGCACCCACCCCUCCGCACAGCUCAGCUGAGCCCCCUUCCCCCGGUGCGAGCUGCUGCCAGCGGCCCCUCCCCUUGCCUGCUCGGCAUGCCUACUCAGCUGUUCGCUUGUCCCCUGUUGGUCGGAGGGCCAGACAAAUGGAAGCCCCAGGCAGGAUCCGGCCUGCGGGCCGUAGUUUGGAGACCCCUGGUGUAGAGACUUUGUCCUGGCUUUCUGCAUAGGAAUGAAUUUAACCCAUAGCCCUUUUUUGUAGGACACUGCUGAUCUGCCACAGGUUCAGAAUUUGUCUAGUGCCAUUUCAGUGAUAACAGUUGGUGGGACUUCAGUAACACACGGAUCAUUUUAACACUGUUCCUUGUGCUGCUUAUUGUACGAAAUAAAGGCCACGUCCUGCUCUUGGAGCUAUACAAUGGCUCUUGACUGUCGGUCAAGUCUCUUCUUGCCUCAGACAUGUGAAAUUCCAAGAGUUCCACUCAAGCGGGAAGGAAGAAUGUCAGACUGUGCAGUUCUCAUCCUUUUAUCCUAAACGGAGACACUCUUAGUACACUUCACAUGCUCAAAACAAGCACUGAUGUCAGAGAAAACCACUGAUGUCAGAGAAGGGAACGUUUCCUGUGGUACCAGAAACAGCUGAGUGCUUUCUUCAACUUGGGCUACAGCUUUUAAGCAGUUGUUAAAUUUAGCACUGCAUGACUAUUUGAUAGGGGUGAGCGCUGGCUGAAAGGUGGGUUUUGAAAGGAAAACUAUUUAAAUUUAGGCAGAUUGCUUGCUGUAAAAAUGUUUUGAUAAAUGUUAACUUAUUUUUUUUUUGUCUUGCAUUUUUUGUCGUCUUUGGGACCUGCUUGGUCUUCAUGUUCCACUGCUUUAGCUCAGCGAAUUACACAUAAAGUGUCGAAAAUAGUAGCACUUAGAAGAAAAAGGAAAUUUUUGGUGGGAGAUCAUUUUUCUUUCAUUUCCUUUUCUGUGAGAAAGUUCAGAGGAAAAAAAAUCCUAUUUAAUUAUAAGAGGCAGUUAAAUUAUCUCUUAUGUACACGUGUCCAAAGUUUUCUUUCACAAGUUGAAAGGCAAAGUUCCACCAAAAACUUUCUAGGAUAAUGACAUCGAUUGUGCUAAAUAUAUGAAGCCCUUUUUUCCCCCUCUGAUGUCCAAAUGUACCAUAGCUCAAGCUGCGUAUCAGGGAAGACAUGCAAAUACUGCUGUAAUCUUGCUGUUGUGAAGAACAUGCCUGCAUUGAGUUGAGCUGCUUUUGUAAAUAGUUCAGUAAUUAUUCUAUGUUUAUAAGAGUAUUUUGUAUAGCUGCCAGAGCUUUUCUCUGUAUAUAAAGUUGGGUGUAGAAAUGAUGCCUUCUUUGGGAUAACGAAAGCAAGAAGAAUUGGCCACUUUUUUUCAAAGGAGAGGCCGUGGCAAAUGUGGCCAGUCGGAAUUUUCAAGGCAGCCUCUUCCCUCAGGAAUUUGAUCUCGUUUGAACUCUAUUUGCUCAUACAUAUCUGAGGGAAGGUGCCUUCUAGGGGAGACCUGUAGAUGUUUAUUUUUAGGUAUAGUCACUAGAGCCUCUUAACAUUUUUCAAAUGAAAACUUAGGUCAAAAAAUGGUCUGUUUCAAAAAGAGGUAUUUUUAUGUGCGAAACCUAUUAGAUUUUUUUUAAAAUAUUUUUUCUUUGAAAAUGGUAAAUGAAAAAUGUAACCUGUUGGGUUUUGUCUUCAUUUUUCCUCUUUGUUUUCCAUUACUGUUGAGUUCCUCAUGUAUGUGUUGAGGUGCUGAUUUCUUCUUGUUACUCUUUGCAGUCUUUAUCAUCCUGAGUUGUUGAUUUCUUACUUGCCACUAUUGAUUGAUCACCUUAGUUGCUUAGUGGGAUUUUUUUUUUUUCCAAAUUAAAAAAUAAAUCACUUUUGAAAACUACUGAUUUAAAAAAAUGCAGUGGAAAAAUUUAGAAAAAUAAAACAUCAGCUUGCUUCAAAAACUAUCGCAAGUAAAUUUUCAGAUGAUUUCCGGGAUGGGUCUUCAACUAUCUUUUGAAGGAAAGGCAGAUAGAUGACCUGAUUGCUUCUGUUGAAGUCAGUGAGUGACAAAACGUCGGUUAACUUAUUUGGCUAAAUUCAUCCCUGGGGAGUUGGACAGAUGAAUUUUCUACCAGGGAUGAAUGUGACCCAUUGACUUCAGUGCAAGCAGGGAUGGGUCCAUGAUGAAAACUCUGCAGAUGGUUAGCAGACUGAAGUCCCAAAUGGCUUCAGUGCUCUGUUUUGCUGGUUUUAGUGACCAUCUGUUUAGAGUUAGUGUUGGAAAGGUUAGGUUUUAAUUAGCAAAUGUUUGCAACUGUCAUUUUUGCCCUUUAGCUGAAAUGGCUGAAAAGAAAUUCCAUCACUAACAAUAAAAAAUGUACAGAGAGGGAAAAUUAAGAACAUAUCAUAUGAUAUGUUGCUCUUGUAGAUAUCUAGCUUCCUCCUCUGUUGCUGUCAGUUCAAUUAACAGACAGCAAUGUGAACUAUUCUGUAUUUUGGACAAUCGGUCACUACAGUUUAUACAAAUAUUGCCUUGAUUUAAAAUUUUUAAAUUCCCGUUAGUACAAAAAUUUCCACUCAUGAACACUGAAAAAGAUAGUGAGAAAUGCUCGCCCGUAUCAUCUGUCAAAAGUAAUCAAGACAAUCAAAACCUGAUCCUUCCAAUCCUAUGCACGGGGAAUGUGUUCCAAGCAAACCAAUGUGCUUACUAGCAGAGAGGUCUGCUGGUUUCUCUCUCGCCUUCGCUUCAGAAUGAAUAUUGAGCCAGUCUUUUAUUUUAAGAGAGUGGCUGCUAUCCCCUUUAGCACAAGAGCAUAUUUGUUUCUUAGGCCUUGAGGUGGAUACACUUUCAGCAUCAUGAGCUUGAUUAUUGGACAUAUAUUUACUGGGACGUUUCAGUGAAACGUCUAAAUCCUUUUUAGCCAAAAAAUGUACUUCGUGUUAAGUGUGUUGUUUUAAAAAAUCCCUUUUGUUCUCCAUUGUACAUGUGGGUUUACUGACCACACCUGCGUUAGGGGCCCCAUGACUUCCUCUUUACAACUCACUGCAUCCUCCUACUCAUUGGAUGCCAGUGGGUGGCCGUUUCUUAGUUGAAGCCAAAACUCUGAUGUGUUUGAGGCUACUGGAGUGGGGGGGUGUCAUGUAAGUGCAAUAGUAUUUCCCGCUCCCCACCACCCAACUGUCAAAUCCACAUCAGGAUAUAUUUCACUGGAUUGGAGAGUGCCACAGAUUUGGUACAUCAUUCACUUGGAUGAAAUUCAACCCCAUCCCCCAGCCUCCCACUCAAGUAGAAGCCCCUAGAGACUUGGCACCACUUGUGUUAAGUUUUUUUAAGAGGUGCAUAGGCCUUUGUGCAGGGUUGCAGUUCACCCUUAUUGUAGAAUUUAUUUUAACACUGCCUUCUGUUGACUCUCAUCAUUCUUUGCUUGCACACACGCUAUUGACAGGGUAGCUGGGUGAUGCGUUCCCAGACUUGGGGGGCCUGUCGGAAGAUCCAAAAGCACGUUCUAGUUUUUUAACUGCAUUACCCAAGUCUUAUUGAAAUCAUGAAAAGGCAGAAUUGUGUACAAAUAAUGUCUAUUUUUGUGUGUAUUUGAUUAUGGUGGGAUGGAAUAGUUGGGGGAGGCAUGGGUGGUAGGCACUUCAUAGGAUUAAGGAGGGGACUCUAUUUUACGAGGAUAGUUGGAAUUUCUAGUGGAAUGUUUAUUGACGUGCUGGUAUGAGAAGCCAUGUUCUGUUCAGCAUUUCAUCACUGUAACCAUGAUGCCUGAUGCAAUUUUAAAGGUUUGCCCCUAUUCGCACUAUUCCUGUUUCAGCAGUGGGAGGGGUAGAUAAUUCACUGCUUUUAAUGAUGAAUGAGGUUCAGAGCAUGUUACAUACGCAUAUGUAUCAUACAAAAACUUCCAGGCAUUUGACAUGGAGAAAAGGGACAUGAAAAGGCCUCUAGGUUUUCUGAACCCUUCAUGUUUAGUCAGUUACUAGCUGAUUUUUAUCAUAUUAAACAUGUCUGAUAACCAAACUGGAAACCAAAUGGUGUAAGAAUGCGCUUGUUAUGAAACUCCAAGCCACGGUUUCCUCAGGGUAUUUGCUUUUAGCUCAUGCUUCAAGAAGUGAGGUUAGGCCAAGACGUGGAAACUUCUAAGCAAUAGGGCAUCUUUUCCCCACUGAUAACUUACAGCAAGUCUUUGGCAUAGUAACAUCGGUGUUUCCAGAUGAUGGGAUGGCUGUGACACGUGUUUACAUUGUGCCUUUCAGCUUCAAUUGAUCGUAGGAGCACAAAGACUGAUGACAACUUUGGGUCAGUUUAUGUAUCACAAACCUACCCAAAACAGGGGGGGUUUCUUCAGUGAAGUUGCUUUUACUGACCAAGAAGCCAUGGAAGAGUUUACCUACUUUUUUUAUUCAUCAAAAUGUACAUACGUUUCUGUUGUUUGGUUUGUUCAAUAUUGCUAAUGAUUUCUCAGAAUUUCUUACAAUUAUGAUAAAUGAUUAGACUCCUAGUCCUAGUUCUGCAAAUCUAGUUUUUGUCUCUGUGUGGGGUUUGGUUGUUUUGUUAUAAAUUCUUUUUUAAACUGUGUACUGUUUAGACCAUAGAAUUACGUUUAAAAAAUGUGAAACUUUCACCGAGAGCACAGCAUGGGCAGACAGACACUUUUCAACAGACAACACUGUAAAUAAAUCUCCCCUGGACUGUGCUUUUUGACUUUGGAAAUCGACUUGUAAUUAAAUGGCACAGUAUUAAAAUGUUUUCAUGAAAUUCA